AUGGAUGAAAGCCGGAAACAUUAUCACAUGGUAAAAUUUGUGCCAGCCAAGAUUAUGGGGGGCAGUGAAAUUCAUUGCAUCCCGACAUCCUGGAUUACAUGGAAAGAUAAGGAAAGUACAACAGUCUUGGUGGCGUAUCCUAAUGAACCAUGGGAAGUCACUAGAGAACGAAUCAAAAACUACGAGAAUCAUGGGAAAGACUGGACUGUCUACUGGGCAAAGAUCAUUUACAGCACAGAUUUCUAUAAAAGUAUGAUUCCUUGUGUCAAUCAACGCGAACAUGGUUUAGAAGAAUUUAGCAGCUGCAAAAUAAUCGCCAGCAAAGUUGGAAGUCCUCACUGUUCCUAUUCAGCAGAAUUCCAAAAAUAUUUUAAUAGACUUUUGACUGUGGCUGAUACAGAUUGUUCGAAGGAAAAUGUAAUGGAAGAAAAUCCCAAGGUACAAUCUGAUUCAUCAGGAAGUGCAAUUGUCCUAGAUAGUGACGAUGACACUCCUUUCGAUUUAUCUAUGCGCUCUUCAGAGAGUCGUUCCACCAGCGAACGCGGUGAUUGCACAGAAGACGUUUGUUUCCCUGAGGUGAUCAUCAAAGAAGUCGGAAGAUCUGAUUCCUCUUCACCUCUCAGUGCGUCGAAAUUCAGCGGCGUAAACGAGAACAACACUUUUUGGUCGAGCAUCGGAAAAUGGUUUCUUAAUUGUUCAAAUACUGCUGACCCAGAGUUAUCGAUGGCCAGUAGAAUAGUUGAAGUGCCGAAAUUACAACAUGAAGUAUCAAGUAUUAGUAUUGGUCAAGACAGCAAAGAUGGUAGUGAUGGUGAAGUUUCUCGAGACUGGUGUGUAAACUCCUCAAAGGUGGACGAACAGUUGGGAGCUUCAAGCUUAUUGAAAGACGCACUAACCAACCCCGGAGGUAACGAUAAAAGAUGGACAUUGAAGCAUCCUGAAUACUCACCAGGACUCGUCGAGCUCUGGCCUGGUACUGAUGUAUACAUAGAGGUCUCAAAACUCAACUUCUGUAUGAGAAGUUCGAAAAAGUGUACCGAGUUGACAAGACUCCUGACGAAACAUGUUUUCACAGAGUUUGCCUUGAGUAAAUGCAAGUACAUUAAUAACGUAAAGGGUCGUGAAAAUCUCAGGUUAGACACAGGCGCGGUCACUGCCAUCAUCUAUUUCGUCUCAGCAUAUGGGUACAAUCAUAGUUGGCGUCCAUCGAAUGAAAAGUCUAUCAAAGCCGCCAUGCGGUAUGAGUUGAUAUCGGCUAAAAAAAAGAAGUAA